AUGGAGGCGGAAACUGACACAGCCUACAACAAUGCGAUCGAACAAGUUCGCGCCAAGGAGUAUCCUAUGCUGCAGAAUACAACCUAUCUUGAUCACGCUGGCACCACGCCCUACGCCAAAUCCUUGAUGGAGCGCUUCUCUGCCGAUAUGGUUGCGAACCUCUACGGCAAUCCGCACUCGUCCUCCAACGCCUCCCAACUGACAACCCGGCGGAUCGAAGACGUACGGCUUCGGCUUUUACACCUGUUCAACGCCCACCCGCAAGAAUUUGACGUGGUAUUUGUGGCCAACGCCACCUCUGGCAUCAAGCUCGUCAUGGAUGCAUUUCGUGACCAGGAUGACGGCUUCUGGUACGGUUAUCACAGAGAUGCACAUACAAGCCUCAUAGGAGUGCGCGAGGCGGCGGCCGAACACCGAUGCUUUACUUCGGACAGCGAGGUGAACGAAUGGAUCCACGACCAGGGCAGGGCGGUUGGUCCGGCACAGCUUUUUGCAUAUCCGGCCCAGUCCAACAUGAACGGACGUCGACUACCGUUGGAUUGGUCCCACCGUAUUCGCACCAACAAACAAGACUCUGUGUAUACCCUGCUAGAUGCUGCCGCCCUUGUUUCAACCUCGCCUCUUGACCUCAGGAAUGCAGACGAGGCUCCCGACUUCAUUGUAUUGAGCUUGUAUAAGAUGUUUGGGUUUCCAGAUCUUGGCGCCUUGAUUGUCAGGCAAGCAUCAGCAUCGGUAUUCGACAAACGACGCUACUUUGGUGGCGGCACUGUCGAGAUGGUUGUAUGCCUAAAAGAGCAAUGGCAUGCAAAGAAGACUGAUUCGCUUCAUGAAAGGCUUGAGGAUGGCACAUUACCGAUACAUAGUAUCAUGGCGCUUGACACGGCAAUGAUACUACACCAGGAACUUUACACUUCACUGGACAGGAUUUCAAGACAUACCACCUUUCUUGCCCAAAGGCUGUACGAAGGGCUUUCGUCACUACGACACGGUAAUGGUGAGGAGGUAUGCCACGUCUACAAGGACCCGGCGUCCAGAUAUGGAGACUCGCUUACCCAGGGCCCUGUUGUUGCUUUCAAUUUCCGGAAUGCGUGUGGCGGCUGGAUCAGCAACGCAGAGGUGGAGAAACUGGCCAUGGUAAAGAACAUCCAAGUCAGGACUGGCGGCCUCUGUAAUCCUGGAGGCGUUGCAUCAUCGCUAGGAUUGGCACCAUGGGAGAUGCGAGAAAACUUUUCUGCCGGGCAACGGUGCGGUAACGACAACGACGUCAUUCGCGCGAAGCCGACAGGAAUGAUACGCGUCAGCUUUGGAGCAAUGAGUACCCUAUCAGAUGUGGCAAACUUUGUUGGAUUCGCGCGCGAGUUCUUCAUACAAGCAAGCCCACCGGUGAAUGCGUCUCCAAUCAGGGCUGUUGAACUCGAGCCACCAACGCAAAGUCGCUUACACGUGGAGAGGCUGUCUGUCUAUCCUAUCAAAAGCUGUGCGGCCUUCAGUGUACCGCCGGCCAGCCCAUGGGAGGUGCGCCCAGAGGGCCUCGCGUGGGAUCGGGAGUGGUGUCUUGUACAUCAAGGCACGGGAGCCGCACUGAGUCAGAAGCGAUACCCAAAGAUGGCAUUGAUACGCCCCAGUAUCGAUCUCGAAAAGGGUCUGCUACGCGUGAACCUAUCAGGCGCUCUAUUAGAUACGACUGAUACGCACGAGAUUACAGUGCCUCUCUCGGCUGAUCCACGGCUGUUUGCAGAUACAGCGGUAUAUAAGGAUGCGAGCGCCAAGGUAUGCGGAGACUCGAUCCAAGCCAAGACAUAUCGGUCCAGUGAGAUAUCGUCUUUUUUUACGCAAGCCCUUGGGGUGGCCUGUCACCUUGCGCGCUUCCCUCCUGUUAGCAGUGGGAGUGGCGUUUCCCGACACUCGAAAGCGCAUCUACAAAAGUACCAGAAGGCGGGCGCUAUGCGAGUACCCGGCGCCUUUCCAGAAACGGUUCCCAGCAUGCCCGGCGCGUGCGUUUCAAAGCCCAUCUUGCUAGCAAAUGAGAGCCCCAUCCUUACUAUAUCGCGAUCGAGUCUCAACCGCCUGAAUGAGUUGAUCAAGGCAGAGGGCGGUAAGGCAGCGCAAGCAGAGGUAUUCAGAGCCAACAUUGUGGUUGCGGAGAAUCCAGCAUACCCGCCUGGGCUUGAGGACCCGUAUGCUGAAGACGACUGGCGCUACCUUCAGAUUGGCCAGCAGUACUUUGAAAUGCUUGGAGCGUGUCGAAGAUGCCAGAUGGUUUGCAUCGAUCAACAAACGGCGGAAAGGAACCAGGAGCCGUUUGUGACGCUUUCCAAGACACGUCGAUUUGACGGGCGCGUCUACUUUGGAGAGCAUAGCUGCCAUGUACCGUGGGGUGAUGUGUCAUGGCCUCUAGGGCAGAACCCGAUGAUUGCGGUCGGAGAUGCCGUGAGGCCUAUUAAAGAGGACGAGGUAGACGGGAACACGUCUCGUCAGCUCGUCUCAGAUCGUCGUCGUCGUCGUACCCGGCCCCGGUUGCUCAGCUGCAUCGCCACGUUCAGCUUCAGAUUACGGCUCCCAUCACACAUCCGAAUCGCAAGCCGCGAAUCAGGCUGCACUUCAGGCCGGUCAAAGUCGCGAGACCUGCAGGCGCGGAACAAAUCACACAUCUUGUUUCAGCGUAGGCCAGCGAAUCGCGGGCCAGUGGAGGUGUUCGCCAGUGCACGGGGCCUGCAUAUCCUAGUCCUCGGCGCUUAG